AUGAAAUUGAUAAUUCUCUUAGCAGCGGUCGCCUGGUCUAACGGCGCCAAGUUAGACAGGACUUAUCUCCCACCGAAUCAUGCUCAGUCUUCUGGAGGCUCCGGCAACUUCCUCCAAACCCCAGUCUCUGGAUCUUCUGAUUACCAAAACAACGGUUUUAACCAAGCCAAUGCUGGCAACGGGUUUGCUGACACAGUUUUUGGUCAAAAUAGAAACACCUUUGCCCAGAAUGAUGACUAUUCCCAGAACGGAAACGGUUUCGCUCAAAAUGAUGCUGGUUUCUCCCAAAAUGUUGGAUUUGACAACGUCGAAGCUCGUCCUGAAAGAGCCCAGGCUGCUUUUGAAAGGAACGCUGCGAUCCUUCGUCAGGACAAUACUAAUGAUGGAGAGACUUAUGCCUACGCUUAUGAGACCGAGAACGGAAUCGUUGCUGAGGAGAAUGGAGUAGCCACAAACGGUGUUGAAGCUCAGGGUGGAUAUUCUUACACUGGUGAUGAUGGCCAGGUUUACAGCGUUAGGUACACUGCCGACCAGAAUGGCUUCGUUCCCCAAGGCGAUCACCUUCCUACUCCUCCCCCUAUUCCUGAAGAGAUCUUGAAGGCUUUGGAGCAAAACGCCCGCGAUGAAGCAAAUGGAAUUUACGACGAUGGUUCUUACAACGAAGGUAAAUACGGCAAUGACAACGGAAAUGGUCAAUUCAACGAUCAAUCUGGAUACAAUUACAACAACAACGGUAACAGUUUCAACGCUGGUGGUGCCAACAACGAUGCUUUCAACGUUGGCAGCGAUGACGACUCUAUCGUUACCAACAACGCUCUCCUCCGAUCUGGAAAUGCCAACAACGGAGCUUUUGGCAAUGCAGGCAACAAUGGAGGUUUUGGGAAUGCAGGCAACCAAAACGGCGUCGAGAAAGCAUACUUGCCUCCUUUCGAACAGAACGGCCAGCGCUACCAAGCUACAAACGGUUUCGGAAACCAAGCUGGAAACGGUUUCAACAACCAACCUCAGAGCAAUGGCUUCAGAAACCAAGGUUCUAACGGCGUAUCCAAGACUUACGGUGCUCCUGAGCAAUUCGGUCAGAGCCAAAAUGGACCCAGCGGAAGGAAUGGAGGAUCUAGAAACGGUGGUUUCAGAAACCAGGGUUCAAAUGGAGUUGAAAAGGCGUACCUGCCUCCUUUUGCCCAAAACUCCGCCACCUCCGGUCCUGCUUACGAUCAGACCCAGGCUUUCAGAAGUCAGGGACCUAGGAAUAAUGGUUUCGGAAGCCGUAACGGAGCCAACAGGGAAUACCUCCCACCUAGUGCAAACCAAAGAAGUAACGGAAGACGACCAAGCUUCAGUGCCAGAAACGGAUACCAAUAUUAG